UCUCGGAUUGGCUGGCGGACGUCGGAUUUCCGUGUUCGUCAUUUGUUUGCGUCGAGUUAAUGAACUGUGGUGAGAUUUGUUAAAUUUUUCCCUCGAAUUAAAUAUUUGAUCUUUAUAUUACCCAGCGAAUGUGUCUGGUAAGAAGCGCUACAAACUUGUGACUUUGCGGAACUAGAAGAAACUCGGAUGUGAGAAGUCAAUUAGAGUAGGAAUUUCAAGUUGGGGGUGCGUUUUCUUUAUCGCUGUAGGAGAAGUACAGUAGGGAUAGGGCUCCGUUUAAAGUCGUGGUCAUGUUAGAUACCUGUUAACAUAUCUUUCUGAAACAUUACACGUGUUGAAGAGGAAUGGGAAAGCGCUAUCACUGUGAUUACUGUGAUCGCAGCUUUCAGGACACAUUACACAACAGAAAGAAACAUCUGAACGGCGUUCAGCACCACAGAGCCAAAAAAGCCUGGUUUGAUCAUUUCCGAGAUGCGGCUGCGAUUCUUCAGGACGAGAGAGCAAAACAGCCAUGCAGGAAGUUUCUACAGACAGGUCAGUGUGUAUUCGGCCCUAGCUGCCGGUACUCACACAUGUCUGAACAGGAUAUGAAAAAUUUGGAGCAACAUAUUCACAAAGAAAGACAGCAGGGGGAGGAUGUGGACCGAGAGGAAUCCACCACUUCACUAGAGGAAUGGCUGUCCAGGAGAGAGAAGAGGGCAGCUCAGUCAUCAGGAACUGUUUUAAAAGUGGAGGAGAAAACGGUUAAUAAAGGUGUUGAAGUUCCAGCAUUUCUGCUUUCCAUCCCAGAUCUCCCUCUAUCCCUUCUGCCCCUGCAUCCUGGAGGAUGGAGAGACGAAGUCUAUACUGACUGGGGCUGAAAUCAAAUGAAUGUGUGUGUCCAAUACAAAUGUAAUACAUUAUAUGACCAAAUGUUUGUGGCCCCCUGACCAUCACACCCCAAUCCAUUAUUACAGACUUGCCCCCCUUUAGGUGCUGUAACAGUCUCCACUCUUUGGGGAGGUUUUACAGUAUGGCUCAUUCAGUCAAGACAGCAUUACUGAGGGAAUGAUUGAGCUUCUGGCUCUAGUGUCCAGUAAAGUCAGGGCUCUUUGCAAGCAAUUAUCAUAUAUGGUUGUCAUGGUGAGGUGUCCAUAUAUGUUUGGUCAUACAUCAUGUGUGGGUUUUUUGUAUUUUUUUUUUUUUACUAUUUUGUAAUAAAUAUUGUUUCAGAUUUUAGACUGCAGGGUUGUUUUUGGAAUGUUAUAGUUCUAUAAUUUAUAGUAGUUCUAAAUAUUAGCUCUGUGGGUAAAUAUGAAAGAACAGAAAAGAGAGAAUUUAUUAAGAAUAUGUUGAUACAUAGGACUGGGGUGUCAGUAAAAGUCUAGUAGCAGUCUACCUGCUUUUAAAGUCGAAGUGCCUUUUCCUGUUGUGUGCUGUGCAUUUAUUUCACCACACAUAAACUGUCCUGCUCUACAGCCGCUACAGCUUAAUUGACCAUUGUUUCAAGUGCAUUUCAAAGGACAUUACCAUGCUUUGGCAAUUGAUUUUUUUUCAAUGUCUUGUGUAGCCGAUGCCUCUGAUUAAAAGUCCAGUGUUUCAAUUUA